AUGGCAUCAAAAAAGCCGAAUGUGAUAUUUGUAUUAGGUGGCCCAGGCGCUGGUAAAGGUACACAAUGUGCUCGAAUCGCCGAGACCGAUGACUAUGCUCAUUUAUCAGCUGGCGAACUCCUUCGUGACGAAGCAGCUAAACCUGAUUCAACAUUAGGUAAAGAAAUAAAUGAACAUUUAAAAAAUGGUUCAAUUGUACCUGUUGCAAUAACUUGCAAGUUGCUUGAGAAUGCAAUGCAAAAUAGUGACAAGGAAAAUUUUUUAAUUGAUGGUUUUCCAAGAAAUCAAGAUAAUAUUAAUGGUUGGCAAAAAGCAAUGGAUGGAAAAGUUAAUAUUCGAUGUGUACUAUUCUUCGAUUGUGACGAACAAGUAUGUGUUAUUCGAUGUCUUGAACGUGGAAAAGCAAGUGGGCGGACUGAUGAUAAUACAGAAAGUUUAAGAAAACGUAUUAUUACUUACAAUGAAUCAACUCUGCCAGUAAUCCAAAUGUAUGAAAAAGCAAAUUUAGUUAAACGAAUUGAUGCUUCAAAUGAUGUUGAUACGGUAUUUCAAGAUGUUCAAAGUGUAUUGAGCAGUAUCAAGUCAUCAAAUUAG